UCAUUGGCUAGGAGGAUUUUAUCAUAACUCCUACAUAAUUUCCUUGUCUCUUCAUGAUCAUGAUAAUGUAGGCUGACCUAACGGUAUUCAGGAUGAUGAAUAAGAAUGUUAAUUUCUUGCUUUUUUUCUCAUUCUUUUCAACCUUUUUCUUUCCUCUUCUCCUUUCCCCUCACCUUUUCAAUGCACCUUUAGAAGCGCACUUUUUUUCUUGCCUCACCAUCGCAACACGUACCUUUAACCGUUAACUUUCUUCAUCAUUUCAUUUCAUCUUUUCUUUCACAUUUCAAAUUCUUAUUCAGUUUCUCUCACUCUCAUGAUUCACCAUCAUCAUUAUCAUUCUCAUCUUCAACAAACAACAAUCAACUGAACAUUCCAUUAAUUCAUUUUGUCAAGUUGUCUUCAGUUUAUAUCUUCUAUUAUUGUUUUACUUUGAAUUAUUUACCAUUCAUUUAAAUUAUUAAUCAAUUGAUUAGUGAUAAAAGCUCAAUGGAAUCGAUAAUUAAAUCUAACCUUGGAUUUAUUUGGAUCAAAGUUUAUUACCAUUGGAUUUGUAAGUCAAAUCAACUGUAACUUUCAAUCCAAUUUCAAGUAUAAGUUUCUUUUACUCCAAUCAACACCAUCAUUUGAACCAUUUCAAUUGUCAAAUGGUUUCAUUUGUAAGUUAAUUGUGCACUUUCAAUCUGUAUUGUCGGUACUGUCUGUGAUUAACAUUUGGAUAACUGCGAAAAAAUGAUGUCUAAAUUGACACCAUCAACUUUUACCCAAUGCCAACGGUACAUCAAGUUGUACCUAAAAGAGCAUCUAUUCAUGAUUGCCUGGACAAUUGUAAAUCUGGCCAUCUUUGGCUGGAGCUAUUUUAGAUACAAAUUGGACCCAGCUUACCAUUACACCCACCAAACCAUUGGCCAUGGACUUUUCAUAUCCAGAGGAACUGCUUCAGUUCUCAAUUUUUCCUGUUUCAUUAUAUUUAUUCCCAUGUGUCGAACCCUUUUAACCUCACUUCGUUCAUUGACCACACCAUCAAUCGACUACCGAACAGGAUCAUUGCCAACAUCUACACCCGAAGCCCAUCAAACUCAACAAUCUCUUCAACCCAAAUUAACCCUUAAAAAAGUGUCCAAAGUGUUUACCACAUUAACAUCUAAAUUAAUCUCUAAACCAAUCAAUAAGCUGAUUGUCUCAAUGAUUGACCGAAGUCAACAAGUUCACAUUGCCUCAGCUUAUACAAUCUGUCUGUCUGGUUUAAUCCAUUCAAUUGCUCAUAUAAUAAACUCGUCAAUGGCUUCAAUCAACUACAACCAUCGCUAUCCAACAAUCAAUUUAGCCUCUUUUCCUGGACAACAUCCAUUUCUCAUAAUUUCCGGAUCAGUGGCUGGAGUCACAGGGAUUGCCAUGAAUCUUGUCUUGAUGAUUGUCUUCAUUACCUCGACAUCAACCCUUCGCCGAGACAAUUACAAUCUAUUCAAGUAUUCACACUUUUUAACCAUCAUCUUUGUCAUCCUGAUCAUCUGUCAUCCAUUAGGGGGACUUUUAAAGGAGCAAACCAAUCUAGAUCAACACACAAUUGGUUGUGAUGAAAUUAAAUUAAAUUUAACCGCUCAUGUGAAUGGAACCACAGAGUUUCCCAACAAUUUACGUUUCAAUUUAACCUCACAACACCUUCCCUGUGAUCCUCCAAUUUUUAAACCCUUAAAUCCAUGUACUUGGAUUUGGCUUUCAUUUUCAUUAUUUAUCUACACAAUUGAUAUUGUACUGCGUUUAUGGAGAAGACGUAAAUCAAUUACACUGAUUAACUCAUCAAUAGCAGAGAAUCAUAUUAACCUUGAAUUGGCGCAAAUUAAGGGAAACCAAUCGAUAAUCAAACACUCAUUACCUGGUCAAUAUGUUUACCUUAAAUGUCCUCGUAUAUCAACCCUUGAAUGGCAUCCAUUUUCACUUUCAUCGAUACCAAUCGUAGGAAUCAAUGAAACAUUCAAUCUCAACAUUAAACUAAAUGGUGACUGGACAAAUAAACUUGGGAAUCUUAUUGAUGAGCAAAAAUGUGAAACAAUCGAUUCGACAAUGGAAGCCAAAAAGUCUCAAAAGAAGAAGAAAAGCUUUAAACUGUACAUUGACGGUCCAUUUUCAAGUCCAUUGCAAGAUUUGCUCAAACACAAGAUAUGCGUUUGUAUUGCCGGUGGAAUCGGUGCAACACCUUUUAUAUCAUUUCUAUCACUCUUCAGAUCAUAUCCCGACAUGUUAACUGCCAAAUCAGUGAAGAUUGAAAAGCUUUAUUUCAUUUGGAUUUGUCGCAAUGUAUCCAAUCUAUCAGGAUUCAUUGAAACACUGGCUCAUGUAUAUGGAACCUCUCAGUCAAUUAAACGCUGCACUCAACGAAGUCCCUUUCGUUUGACAAUCUAUUUAACCCAAGAGAGCCAGGAGACAAUGUUGGUUAAUGUUAAUCGAUUGGUUGUUCAAGAUGAAAUGUUGAUAAACAAAUUGCUUCGUAAUUCAAUUUUCCUGGGUAAACCCAAAUUGAGGGCAAUCUUUCAACAAUUACAGCGAACCCAUCAACAGCAAAAAGUUUCAGUCUUUUGCUCUGGACCUUUAAAUAUGCGCCGAGAAGUCAAGAAAACUUGCCAUUCAAUGAACUUAUCUGGAAGUCAUUUCGUCUUUAAACAUGAAGAUUUUGGCUUUUAAAUUGUAAAUAUUUGGUUAACGAAACAAUGGCCAAAAGUUUGGUAAUCAAAUGGAAACCAGAUUAUUGUAAAUAAACCAAAAAAAGAGACAAAAUCAAGAUUGAAAUUCAUAUUGAAUAAAGAAG